UCCACUUCCCAGCCUAUUCGAGAACCUUCUACGCGCCUCAACCAAAUCACCCACUCUCAAAAUCCGCACUCGCUCCUUCCCUCCGCCGCAACCACAACUUAUACCUUAUCCCUCUCGCAAACACCAUCCAGCUUCCUAACACUCCCUUCCAAAUUCAAAUUAGGGUUUUCAGAUCUCCUCCUACCAUAAAACCAUGGCCUCUGCGUUCGCCUCCACCUCGGCCCAUGCCUAUGUCCUUGGCUCCUUCCCUUCCUGCAACCGUUCCCCUGCCAACAAUGGUCCCUCGUUCAAGUCCGUCUUCUUCGGCGGCAGGCAGGCGGAACUUAUCGGCGCUACCCGGUUAAAGCUCCGGCGUGCUCGUGGGGCGGGGCCUGUGCGAGUGGUUGCGGAGAAGGUUGUCGGGAUAGAUCUUGGGACGACAAACUCAGCGGUGGCGGCCAUGGAGGGCGGCAAGCCUACUAUCGUGACUAACGCAGAGGGGCAGAGGACGACGCCGUCGGUGGUCGCGUACACCAAGAAUGGCGAUCGGCUUGUAGGGCAGAUAGCGAAGCGGCAAGCCGUGGUAAAUCCCGAGAAUACAUUCUUCUCGGUGAAGCGGUUCAUCGGACGCAAGAUGUCGGAGGUUGACGAGGAGGCCAAGCAGGUUUCGUACAAGGUUUUGAGAGAUGAGAACGGGAAUGUGAAGCUUGAUUGCCCUGCGAUUGGGAAGCAAUUUGCAGCCGAGGAGAUCUCGGCUCAGGUUUUGAGAAAGCUAGUUGAUGAUGCAUCGAAGUUUUUAAAUGACAAGGUUACAAAAGCGGUUGUCACAGUUCCUGCCUACUUCAAUGAUUCCCAACGGACAGCGACAAAGGAUGCUGGUCGUAUUGCAGGUUUAGAAGUCCUCCGUAUCAUCAACGAGCCAACGGCUGCAUCUUUGGCAUAUGGUUUUGAGAAGAAGAACAAUGAAACAAUUUUGGUAUUUGACCUGGGAGGUGGUACCUUUGACGUUUCAGUUCUUGAGGUGGGUGAUGGCGUCUUUGAGGUGCUGUCUACGUCAGGUGAUACUCAUCUUGGUGGUGAUGACUUUGACAAGAGGAUUGUUGAUUGGCUUGCUUCAAGCUUUAAGAGGGAUGAAGGCAUUGACCUUCUAAAGGAUAAACAAGCCCUACAGAGACUAACUGAGACAGCUGAGAAAGCUAAGAUGGAGUUAUCAACCUUGACGCAGACAAAUAUCAGCUUGCCGUUCAUCACUGCAACUGCUGAUGGCCCUAAACACAUAGAAACAACUAUAACAAGGGCAAAAUUUGAGGAGCUAUGUUCGGAUCUUCUUGAUAGGCUUAAGACUCCUGUAGAUAAUGCUCUGCGGGAUGCGAAACUUGCAGUCUCGGAUUUGGAUGAGAUAAUCCUUGUGGGUGGAUCUACCCGUAUACCUGCUGUUCAGGAACUUGUGAGAAAGAUAACUGGAAAGGAACCAAAUGUAACAGUUAACCCUGAUGAGGUCGUUGCCCUUGGUGCUGCAGUUCAGGCUGGAGUAUUAUCUGGAGACGUCAGUGACAUUGUUCUUCUGGACGUUACACCAUUAUCUCUUGGUUUGGAGACCUUAGGUGGAGUGAUGACAAAGAUUAUUCCAAGAAACACAACACUGCCUACAUCCAAAUCAGAGGUCUUCUCAACAGCAGCUGAUGGUCAGACUAGCGUGGAGAUCAAUGUCCUGCAGGGUGAAAGAGAAUUUGUGAGGGACAACAAGUCAGUGGGAAGUUUCCGCCUUGAUGGAAUUCCACCAGCACCUCGUGGAGUUCCACAAAUUGAAGUCAAGUUUGAUAUUGACGCCAAUGGCAUUCUUUCUGUUACUGCAGUUGACAAGGGUACUGGAAAGAAGCAGGACAUCACCAUUACGGGGGCAAGCACGCUGCCCAGUGAUGAGGUGGAUAGGAUGGUUAAGGAGGCAGAGAGGUUUGCAAAGGAGGAUAAGGAGAAGAGAGAUGCCAUAGACACCAAGAAUCAGGCAGACUCUGUAGUUUAUCAGACUGAGAAGCAGUUGAAGGAGCUGGGAGAGAAGGUUCCUGCUGCUGUUAAAGAAAAGGUUGAGGCCAAGCUCAAGGAGCUCAAGGAUGCCAUCUCUGGUGGAUCAACUCAGAGCAUCAAGGACUCCAUGGCUGCUUUAAAUCAGGAGGUGAUGCAGCUUGGUCAGUCCCUAUACAACCCGCCUGGUGCAGCUGGUACUGGCCCUUCUCCUGGAGCCGAUGCUGCUUCUACUGGCGGAGCUAGCAAGGGAACGGAUGGUGGUGAUGUGAUCGAUGCUGAUUUCACUGACAGUAAGUAAAAGUUGGGAUUGUUCAUUUUUUAAUGUUGAAAAAUUGCAUGAAAGGCCUAAAGAAACUCCAUUAGAUUCCUUUUUGCGAACAUAAAUGGUGCAAGAGUUUGUACUGCAGAUUUAUAUGAUUUCGACACCUAUUGUGGAGUUUGAGAUUAGUGUAAGAGAAGUUAGGGAUUUUAACUUCAAAGCAUGUAUAGUAUUUGGUUAGGGUUCUCCAUGUCAUUUAGCAUCGCGUUUUCUUUUGCGUUUCAUAUAUGUUAAGUGAGGGGAUUGUGCAUGUCGUUGCUUGUGCUUAUUUUAACAGGAUAAAGUCUAUUAAGUUGAUUAUUACGUCUCCCAA